CCACCAGUUGGUGAAUCUGAGUUUGCUGAAGACAAUGUGAUGAACUGCAUCGUUGGAGGAGCUCAUGCUUUUAUACUCAGGGUGUCUAGUUUCUUCGGUCUGGCGCCGCUUCGCUUCGAGCCUCGAGGAAAUGGCUUCACGGUCAGGAUAUCAAAUGGGAUGUGCAUCUACAGCUAUAUACUGGUGACUGUACUAGUAAUAUUCACGAUAUGUGGUCUCUGCGCGGAGAUCAACGUCGGUUUGGAGCUGUCAGUGCGCAUGUCCUCUCGCAUGUCGCAGUUUGUGUCAACUUGUGACGUGCUCGUGGUGGCCGUGACUGCGGGGGCUGGCGUGUACCAGGCGCCCAGGAGGAUGAGGAGCAUGAUCAGCUUUAUGGAUAGUGUGGCUGCUGUGGAUGAAAGCAUAGGAGCGCAGUACUCCAAAGCCACGGAGCGCAAGCUUUGCGCCUUGCUGCUGGCCAUUUUGAUUUUCUUCACACUGCUCGUUGCUGAUGACUUCUGCUUCUAUGCGCUGCAAGCCAGAAAACUGGAUAGACAAUGGGACGUAGUGACCAACUACAUAGGGUUCUACCUGCUCUGGUACGUGGUGAUCGUCCUGGAGCUUCAGUUCGCGUUCACCGCGCUGUCGGUUCGCGCACGUUUCCAAGCGGUAAACGAUGCGUUAGCGCUCACGGCGAAGCAUAUUAAUUUACCUGUUGAAAAAAUCCAAGAACAAUCGCCACUAAACAUAUUUGCAAUACGCGUUGCGCCUGAGUCGCGUCGAGCCCACAAUCUGAGUUUACUGGUCGACUGUUUACCGCUCACUGCUAAAGGACAUGAAGUUAUUAUACGGAAAGGAGUAAAUGGUGAAGCAAAACUCGUAGUAGGACCAUGUGAAGCGAUACGCCGGCUCGCCCUCCUUCAUGGAGCAUUAUGUGAAGUUGUGCACAGAAUAGAACACAGCUAUGGCCUUCCUCUUGUUAUCAUCCUUAUAUCUACGCUGCUGCACUUGAUUGUGACACCGUACUUCUUUAUUAUGGAGAUCAUAAUAUCAACGCAUCGAAUCCACUUCUUGGUACUACAAUUUCUCUGGUGUGCGACGCACGUGUUGAGAAUGUUUGUUGUAGUGGAGCCCUGUCAUUAUACUAUCACUGAGGGCAAAAGAACAGAAGAGCUGGUGUGUCGUCUGAUGCGGGCUACACCGUCCACGGGCACGCUUCCAUCACGAUUGGAUCUCUUCGCGCGACAGCUGAUGCUGCAGUCUGUGUGCUACUCGCCCAUGGGAUUGUGUACUUUGGGACGACCGCUUGUCGCUUCUGUAUUUGGUGCGGUCACAACCUACUUGGUUAUAUUGAUACAAUUCCAGAGAUACGACUCGUAAGCUCUCACCUAACGGCGACAACCUAGUCUAAAACUUAUAUUUUUUACUAUUAUAUUAAUGCAUA